GCUGGGUUCUCCAGAGGACCGACUACCUCCACGGGGAACGUGCACUUGGGGAACAGGCAGCCAGCAGGUGGGAAUGCGAUCCCGAAACCAAGGAGGUGAAGGUUCAUCUGAUGGGCAGAUCUCUUGCCCCAAGCCCCCUGUCAUCAGCCAUGUGGGUGAUAAAAGUCUUUCAGAAGAUGCAAAAAGGAAGAACAAAUCAAAUAGGAAGGAGGACGAUGUCAUGGCCUCAGGAACUGUCAAACGACACCUGAAAACACCCGGAGAAGGCGAACGAAAGACUAAGAAGUCCCUGGAGUUAUCCAAAGAAGAUCUCAUCCAACUGCUCAGUAUCAUGGAAGGGGAGCUCCAGGCCAGGGAAGAUGUGAUCCACAUGCUGAAGACGGAGAAGACCAAACCUGAGGUGUUGGAGGCCCACUACGGGUCUGCGGAGCCCGAGAAAGUGCUACGCAUUCUCCACCGUGAUGCCAUCCUAGCCCAGGAGAAGUCCCUUGGAGAUGAUGUCUAUGAGAAGCCCAUCUCAGAGCUGGACAGACUCGAGGAGAAGCAGAAGGAGACCUACCGGCGCAUGCUGGAGCAGCUGUUGCUGGCAGAGAAGUGUCACCGGCGCACCGUGUAUGAGCUGGAGAGCGAGAAACACAAGCACGCGGACUACAUGAACAAGAGCGAUGACUUCACCAACCUGCUGGAGCGGGAAAGAGAGAG